GGACUUAUACAUAAGCAUCCUCAUAUAAAUAGAAUAGCCUGACUACUGGACGAGUUUUUCAACCAACCUCCUCCCAUGCGGUGUCCAUUACAUUAUGCCUUAUAUUUCGGUUGAGUAGUGGUAUAUAAGGUGGAAGCCACGGAGUUGGUGCUCACUGCAGUAGCCAAUUUCAUCCUUGCGAAUCCAAACCUAAACCCUAAAGACAACCAGAGGCUAAUCAUGGCAUUCGCUGGUAUUCUGAAUGAGGCUGACAUCACUGCAGCCCUGCAGGCCUGCCAAGCUGCUGACUCCUUCAAGUACAAGGACUUCUUCGCCAAGGUUGGCCUGACCGCCAAGAGUUCUGAUGACAUCAAGAAGGCCUUUGCUGUCAUUGACCAGGACAAGAGCGGCUUCAUUGAGGAGGAAGAGCUCAAGCUGUUCCUGCAGAACUUCUCUGCUGGUGCCAGGGCACUCACUGAUGCAGAGACAAAGGCCUUCUUGAAAGCUGGAGACUCUGAUGGUGAUGGCAAGAUUGGAGUUGAUGAGUUUGCCGUCUUGGUCAAGGCAUAAAUGGCACCUGACCAACAACUUUUGCUGACAACCAGUAUCGUAGCCUGAGAUCUCCACUUUUUUAUCUCGGUGGCUGAUUUUUAUACACAAUUCUGACUGUCCACUCCCAUGCUGCACUUCGUUCACAAUGACUGUCAAUGCCACACGGUCUUUCGCAUUGUAGAUAUGAAUGUUGGUUUCUGUAAAAUCUUUGAUCCCGUUUUUGGGAAAGGACAAUGAGAAAAUAAAUACUAUUUUUCA